CGUUGUGCAAGAGAUAUAAAAAUAGACGUUCUAUGUCGAUCCAAAUACAGGACAACGAGAGUGUGGUAGUGAGCGAGGGCUGGGCGGGGUUGCUGGCGAGCAUCGGUCUCCUCGUGGCAGGCGUCGCCGAGCUUUUCGUUUCCGGUUAUACCUGCGCGACCCUCGCACCAGAGCUUUGCAGCUGCCUGAGGCCAUCUAACGAUGACACCGAGACCACAACCAUUGACGGCAAGACCUUCAAGACCCGUAAUAUGGUUCACCAAUGGGUUAUAACGCAGAACCACAUGCCCAAAAAUCAACCAAUCUACGUGGUCCAGCCAGUUGUACCAGUUCAUCCUCUCGUGCAGGCUCCGUACGGAAUGCAUCCGCCGCCAGGAAAAUUCCCCGGUGGCUUUCUCACGACCCCAGGAGGGGCCCCAGCUUACGGAACCGUGCCAAUACUUCCGGCUCACUUGGCCUACCCUGCUCGGCCACCUUCGCAAAUUAUUCGAGGGAAGCAGCAGCAGCAGCAGCAGCAGCAGCAACAACAAAAGAAGCUCCAACUGUCAUCCGAGCAGUCGGAUAAUGGCGGUGAACAACGUCAACGUCGCUUCAGCUCAAACAGCCAACAACAGCAGCACCACAACUCAGCGGAUGACAGACAUUCCAAUGUUUCCAACAAGCCAAUGGCUUCGAUAGGCGAGGACCACUUGAAAGAUCUGGCCCACACUUACACUGGCCUCGACAAGCGCAUCUCCGAGGAAUUCAUAUCGAUAGCCAUGGACCCGGAGAGGAAGUCCAAGGCGUUGAGCAAUCACGGAAGUGAAGUAAGCGCCGCUCGUAAGUGA